AUGAAUAUUACAUGGAGAGUAGCAAAUGAAGGAUCAGACUGUGGAGUGUAUCUUAUGAGGCAUAUGGAAUCAUAUAUGGGGGAAUGUGAAAGGCAUUGGGAUUGCGGUUUUAUAGGUAAAAAACAAAGUGAUGUAAUUGCUUUAAAUUAUUUAAGAGUUAAAUACAUGGCAAGACUUAUGAAAGCCGACUACAACAAGUAUAAAAGUAUGUUGGAGAGAGAUGCAGAAGCCUAUGAUAGGCUUAAUCCAUUGGAGAAGAUGGUUCGGAUGAAUGAAGUGAAGGAAGCUAGGGAGAAGAAGAGAUGUGGAAGGCGUCGUUUUCAAGAUGGACAGGUUGUUUUGAUUAGUUAA